AUGGGAUUGCUCGGUUAUCCACGAUCUCAAAGAAGUAGUGUAAUGCCGGGAGCGGAAUUCAUUCGCGUAACCGCUCGUGUUCGUCCAUCAGCAUCACGAGUCCCUCAGGAACGCGUACUAGAAGUGCUGGACGAUAAAAACCUAUGCUUCGAUCCAAGGAAUCCUAGGAAUUUUGCCUUUGAUGCGGUUUUCGGAGAAGAUGUUGAUCAGGAGCGGAUCUACGAUGAAGUGGCAAGUCGAAUAAUAGAUGGGUGCAUCAGCGGCUAUAAUGGGACAAUUUUUGCUUAUGGACAAACUGGAUCUGGAAAAACACACACGAUGCUGGGACCGCACCAUGUAGAGAACUUCAUGCUUAAUCCUGCACAACGUGGCGUUAUUCCACGCGCAUGUGAAGCUCUAUUUCAGAAGUUGUGUACCCUAACUGCUGAGAAAGGUGAAAAUUUCAAAUACGAAGUUUGGUGCAAGUUUGUCGAGCUAUACAAUGAGGAUUUUUACGACUUGCUUGGGAAUUCGCAGCAAAAGUUGGCAAUCCGCAGCGAUUCUACGGUUGUGCAAAUUCUCGGCGUCUCUGAGCACUCCGUACACUCUAGCAUUGAUAUGAUGAGGAUUCUGGAAGUUGGAUGGGAUGCACGAAGGACGGCAGAAACAGCCAUGAAUCGCGAAUCAUCGCGAUCUCACGCCAUUUUCAUAGUAGAAAUCAAAACUGAAGAAUUAGUCAAUACUAUUGUGAAUAAAAGAACGGCCAUCUUAAAUUUGGUAGACCUAGCCGGUUCGGAGCGGCAAACCCAGGCAAAGACUGCCGGAGCUCGGUUUAGAGAAGCAACCAGGAUCAACUUGUCUCUGACGCACCUCGGUAGAGUAAUACGUACGUUGGCAAAAGCUAAUCACGGUGAUACUCAUGUCCCAUACAGGGACUCCAAACUGACCCACAUUUUACGCGACUCGCUGGGAGGGAAUAGUCGGACAGUGGUGAUCGUGAAUCUUCACCCGGAUAAGAGCUACUACACGGAGACUCUUUCAACGCUACAAUUUUCGUCGAAUUGCCGUAAGAUCGAAAACAAGAUUCACGCUAACGAGGACCUGUCUGGCGACACUGUGAUGGCGUAUAAGGCUGAAAUUAAGCGAUUGCGGGAAGAGUUAGGCUCCAUAGAGGGAAAUGUCAGAGCAGAAAUGGAGGACAGGCUGGCAGCGAUUCAAGAAGAGAUGGAGCAGUGGAAGCAAUUGGCUAUAGAUCGUGAACGAGCCCUAGUAGAAGCGCAGUUGCAGCGUGAUUUAUUUGCUGCCCAAUUACCCAGUGGUCCAUCUAAUGAAGGAGAACGACCACAAGAUGAGAUCAUGAACGAAUUGAAGUCUAAACUGACAGAAAGAAUCGCUUCUAUACGAAAUUACGAAGAGUUGUCAAGGGCACAACUUGAAAACGACUUGUCAAAUGCUUUGCGAGAGCUAGAUCAAAUGCGUGUCCGUUUUGAGAGUGCCGAAGCAGCGAGAAAGGCAUUGAACGAAAAAUAUAAGAACGUUUUGGAGGGAGUUGACGAGACACUGGCAUCUCCCCUACGUAGACUGAACUUGAAUGCAACUCCUACUACUGGGAGAAGAAAGACAGGCACCUUUAGCAGUGCAGCACAGAAAAAAAAGGAACGACGCCAGACUUUAUUUACACCAAAAAAUGCCGCAGAUCGUGCAUCCCGAGCGUUCAGGCCAGUCCUUUUUGACGACAGCACGGAGGAAAAUACUGCACCGCAGUCGCAGAAUCUCGAGCAAGAUGAAGAAAUGGCUGAGGAACGAAAACUUUUGCGCCUCGAAAUGGAUAACAAUCGUCUUUCGCAGAUCCUCACCGAAAAGGAAUCACAGAUCGAAAGUCUUUCUCAGAAACAGAAAGAGCAAGCCAAAAUAUGGUUAGAAGAAAACCAGUUGCUACGAGAAUCGGAGUCGGCGUUGAAAACGGAGCUGGAGCAGCUUGGUCUGGAAAACUGUGGACUUCGGGAGAAGCUAGCUACUGAAAAGAGACGUAACGACGUUCUUAGUCUCAACAUCUCUAAUGCGAACAACGAGAAAUGCCAACUCAAACAACAAAUUGACGUUUUGCAAUCGGAGAAGGACGAUUUGGAGGACAAAUUGCAAAUCCUGGCAAACGAGCAAGAGAAGUUUGUUAGUGACCUAAGAAGCCUCGCCGACUUGGAAUCCUCCAAAAGAAAUCUAGAAAAUGAACUGAGAGCUUUGCUGCAAGACAAUGCUACCAUAAAGGUGCGCAACUUUGAUCUUGAGGAGAAAUGCAAGGCACAGUUGGACACCAUCGCUAACUUAGAAGUGGCUUUAACUAACACGGAAAGAAGUAAAGAAGAUGGAUUGUCUGAACUGAAGAGCCGUCACGCCGAAGAACUUAGGUUUUUGCAAACGGAAGUAGAAAGCGAGCGUGCCGCACAUUUGGAGACCAGAGAGAUGAUGAGAUCAAAAGACGACGAGAUUGCGCGACUAUGUCGCAUCACACAAGAGCAAAGCAGUGCUCUUCGUGAAAAAAAUCAUGAAGUCACAGAGCUUGAAGAUCAGAUAGAUGAAUUGAAGAGCAUGACUAUUCAAAAAGACGUGGCCUUGAGAGAGCUGGAGCAAAAGAGGGAAGAGGAGAUAAGCAAUCUGAAAAGGCGUCAUGCUGAAGAGGUGAAGGAUAUUCAGUCACAGAUAGACCGUGAACAAAGUGCUCACAACAAAACCAGGCAGCAGUUCGCAGAAUUUCGGCAGUCAGCUCAAGAUACUUUUGAGAGGAAAAUGGCGGAGUUGAGAGAGACAUUUUCAUCGAAAGAGCGGCGGUUGACCGUUGACAGAGAGGAUAAAGAGCACCAGAUUAUGCGAUUGGUUGCUGAGAAAGAUUCAUUGCUUCAAGAAAACAACGAAAUGAAAGCCCAUCAGACACAGUUAGAAGAAGAGUUGGAAAAUAAAAAGAAGGAAAACGAGAUACUUCAUGCGGCAAAAGAACAAGAUGACAGGGCUUUUAUGGAGUUGGUCGGACAUAACAAUCAUAGACAGAAGGUCAGCUAUAUAGAGAAAGUACGACUUGAAAAUCAUCAUUUGAAAAUGCGCGUAGCCGAAUUAGAAAAAGAAGUUAUACGUCUGCGUGUGCCCGUCACUAGGAGCAGAAGGGAACACAUUACCAGUGGCCGAUCUACACCAAGACCUCAAUCCUCUCAAGAAAAUGAGUUGUAAAAACCGGGUAAUCGUGUUUUUUUUUUCAAAGAUCUCUUCCUUUUAAUGUACCUCAUCUGAGUUCUCAAUUCCAUUGAAGAUGUCGUUUGAUUGAUAGUUAUGUGCAUACGAGUAGUAGUUUAGUUGAGAAAUACGAAUUUUACUGAGAAUAUUCGAUGAAAAAUAUGAAUCUGUAAUAUCACUAUUGUUCCAUUCAGAAACUUAUUUCCACACAAUUUCAUUAUUCAAUAUUUACUUGCUUUUGCUUAAUGUUUCUUUUGCAGAUUAAAAUAAGAAUAAAUUCUGUACUAUAA